CGCCAGCCUUGACGCCUCCCUCCCCCCGCAGGCCCCAGCGGAAUUCCUACUACCCGACCACCUCCUUCAACAGAUACCGACGCAACGAACGGGACGACCCCUUCGACCGCAACCCGAUGUUCAGAGCGUCCAGCUCGUACAACUCGCGCAAGGGUGGCCCAAGAACCCUCAGCCGCUCCACUGACCGGAGCUUCAGCCGCUUCGGAGGCGGUCCGGAGGCUUUCCUCGAGGCAGCGACCACGGAGCGAAUCGAACCCGAGGAGGACGUGAUGGGCUUCAAGUUCAGUGGCAGCGCGGGCUUCGGGGCAUCGAGGCCGAGCGGAGGCGGACGCAAGGGCGGGCCCAGCAAAGGUGGUUCCAAGGGCGGGAAUCCCUUCGCGGCCUUCGAGCGCGAGUCGGGGCCAGGAUUCCCUCCCAUCAGGAACAUCGGCGGCGGACCCGGCUUCAGUGGGGCGAACGGGCCCGGCUUCAGCGGCCCCUCCAGCUCGGCCACCUUCGGGGGCUCGCUCGGGGCGCCCUUUAACGGGCCCGCAGCGCCGGCCUACAGCAGCCCUCCCGGCACCUUCACCGGGUCUUUGACGCAGGGCGGAGCUAAGUUCGGUGCCUCGUUCAACCCGGGUUUCAGCGGCUCCACCAGCUUCUUCGGCGGCUCCCCUGGCAGCGCCCAGCCAGGCAGGCCCGGCUUCGGCGGCAACGCCGGCGGCUCGUUCCCCGCCCCCAAGACCCCCUUCUCGGCGGCCUUCCCGGGCGUCUCGGGCAACAUCAACUUCGACCCGAACGGCGGGAACAUCCAGUUCCCGCCGCCGUCGGGCCAGUUCCCGCCGUCGUCGAUCUUCCCCUCCAUAACGGAGGAGGAGAACGUGCCCCUCGUGUUCCCGCAGGGCCCCGGCGAGGGCGGCGCCGGCCUCAACCUGCCCUUCACCAUCGACGACGAGCUCGCGGCGCUCCUCUUCGGCAUGCAGGAGGCGACCACGUCCAAGCCUCCCAUCCGCGUGACUUCUGCCGAGGAUGAGAACAAGGUCUUCAGCGGCCGACAAGACGAGACAGACGACGAGGUUGAGCCGCCGAUUCUCAUCAGGAGGCCCGAGGUUAAACAAGGCUGUAACUCCAAGCCCUCAGCCCCUGCCAACGGACGCACGGACUGUUCCACGUACGCCGGCUGUCGCUCGAUCUGCAAUCCCGGGUACCAGUUCCCCAGUGGCGAGAGGAGGCUUUAUCUCAUGUGCGAUAACGGGGAAUGGAAGGUGACCGGUAGCGUGUGGGAUACCCUGCCCGACUGCGAACCCAAAUGCAGUCCCCCGUGCGAGAACAAUGGCAUCUGCCUUGCCCCUGACGUGUGCCAGUGUCCCGAUAACUGGGAAGGAGACCAGUGCCAGAUACCCAAGGCACCGCCGGCCAAGAAGUGCUCAAACAAACCACCGACGCCGAUGAACUCUAGGAUUUUCUGCAGUAAAGAUGAGUGCAAUGCCAGGUGCCACGAGGGAUACCACUUUGCCGAGGGAACGACCCGCCUCUCUUUCCAGUGCGAGAAUGGAGACUGGGUUAUCCAGGAUCCGCGCUGGACGGAGACCCCAGACUGCGAGCCUGCCUGUGACCCCGCGUGCGAGAAUGGCGGCCGAUGCAUCGCGCCGGACAUGUGCGAAUGCGCCGUCGACUUCCGGGGCGAAUUGUGCCAAUACCCGAUUUCGAACUGCGACCCCAAGAAACUGGGCUUCAACGGAGGCUACAACUGCUCGGGCGAAGGGAUGGACUUCGGCUGCGCCCUCUGGUGUUCCCCCGGGGUCGAAUUCGAGUUCCCCGCCGAGGACUUCUACAAGUGCGACUACGCCACGGGUCUCUGGUCGCCCUCGCCCAUCCCCAACUGCGACUACGGCUUCCUUGUCGUGACUCCUGGAGCCCAAGACAUCUCUACCGGAACGUACCCUCCUGGCUUCGUCUUCACCACGACAGAGCAGAUCAAGAAGUCGCCAGGUGUGUGCUUCACCUGGUCGGGGUCUCACUACAAGUCCUUCGAUGGACGGGUUUACAGCUUCGAGAGCUCGUGCCCCUUCACCCUCCUGCAGGACUCCACCCACGGCACCUUCAGCGUCAACCUCAAGUCCAAGGGUGACUGCACAGGCUCCUCGUGCUCCAAGGCCAUCCAGCUCUUCCUUGACGACGAUGAAUACGUCCUUCAGAACACAGAGUCCGGGCAGCCGAGCCUCGAAUACCAUGAGACGAACCUCGCUAUUCCGGGUCAGAUGAACGGCGUCGUGUCCGAACGCGUGGCUCACUACGUCGUAGUCAAGGUCGCCGGAAUCGGACUCACCCUCAAGUGGGAUAUGAAGAACACAGUCAUAACGGAAGUGAACGAGCUGCUUUGGAACAGGACAUCUGGACUUUGUGGACGACGAGACGGCAACAGGGAGAACGACUGGGGUUAUUCCGAUGGCAGAUCAGAGGAUAGUUUGAGUAACUUCCUCCAAAAUUGGCAGUCGAAGACCAUUGGCGACCGGUGCCUCGGCCAGCCCAUGAUCAAGAACCCUUGCGGACGCCGACCGGUCUCCUCGGAAGCCACGGAUUUCUGUUCGAGGCUUCGCGAUGACCCCAAGUUCGAACCCUGUCGUCAGGUGGUGGACGUCGACCCGUUCGUAACUGCCUGCAAAUGGGACUACUGCGGCUGCGAGAAUGACAAGCGGGAGGACUGUGCGUGCGAGUCCUUCUCCGCCUUCUUCAGGGAGUGCACUAACCAGGGCGUCGAUCUGCCCGGAGGAUGGAGGGCCCCCGAUCUCUGCCCGAUGAUGUGCGAGCCCGGCAUGGAGUACAACCCGUGCAUGUCCGCCAUCCAGCCCCGGUGCGGACAGCCCUCCGACAACCUUCGCCCGGAGUUCUGCGUCGAGGGCUGCGACUGCCCCUCCGGCCUCUUGCUCCACAACGGCAAGUGCAUCCGCGCCGAGGACUGCCCCUGCACCUUCCACAAUAAGGAUUACCAGCCCGGCGAGACGAUCCCCAACGACUGUAAUACAUGCACGUGCUUGGGCGGGGCGUGGGUGUGCACGGAGGUCAAGUGUGGGUCCCGCUGUGCCGUGGUGGGCGACCCCCAUUACACUACCUUCGAUGGCCGACGUUACGACUUCAUGGGGAAGUGUUCCUACACGCUGGUCGAGGGCAAUGACUUCACCAUCGAGGCGGAGAAUACACCGUGCGCCGGCGCCAUAUCGGAGAGCAUGAAUUUCCCCGCGUCGGUCGUCAGCCAAUUCCCCUCGUGCACGAAGUCGGUCACCGUGCGUCUUCAAGGAACCGUCAUCCGCCUCAAGCAGAAGCGGGAAGUCACCGUUAACGGCGUCGAAGUUAAGGACUUGCCUAUGUGGAUCAACGGCGCCUACAUCAAGAAGGCGUCCAGUCUGUUCAUCAUGGUCGAACUCGACAACGGAAUCGACGUGUGGUGGGACGGCCAGGCCGGCGUGUACGUCGACGCCCCCGCUGACUUCCGAGGCGAGGUGGCGGGUCUGUGCGGCACCUUCACCGAUAACCAGAGGGACGAUUUCCUGACUCCUGAGGGGGACGUCGAGAACAACCCUAUUGCUUUUGCCAACAAGUGGAAGAUCUCGGAGAAGUGUCCAGACCAGCCCUUGGCGGAAGAAAGUCGCCCCUGUGAUCGCCAUGUGCAGAACAAGGCCGUGGCGGAGAAGUACUGUGCGAAGAUUAAGUCUGGACUUUUUGCAAAGUGCCACUUGGAGGUCGACCCCGAGCCUUACCACCGCGACUGCCUGUACGACAUGUGUUCGUGUGAGACCAAGCUGGACGGCUGCCUGUGCUCGACGCUCGCCUCCUACGCCAAGGAGUGCGCUCGUAAAGGCAUCCUGAUCGACUGGCGUGCUGAGAUUCGCGAGUGCGGCGUGCACUGCACCGGCGGCCAGAAGUACCAAGUGUGCGGCAACAGCUGUUCGCACACUUGCCUGGACCUGGCAACGAACCCGGAUUGCAAGAGGAAGUGCGUCGAGGGCUGCAAUUGCCUCGACGGCUUCUCCCUCGACCAAGAUGGCAUAUGUGUGCCCAUCACGGAAUGCCCCUGCGUGUUCGAGUCCAAAGAGUACAAGCCGGGCUACGAAAUGCUUCAGCGACAGCCCGACGGAAGCGACAUGGUCUGCGAAUGUUUCAACGCGGGAUGGAACUGCUGGGAGCCUCGAGAUAACGACACAGCCACCACGCCUCCUCAAGUGCAGUGCGCCGAACACUUACACGAGGUUUACACUGACUGCAUGCCCGAGGAGGAGAACACGUGUCAGACGAUGCACCUGCGCUCGAUUCCCGGGGACCUCUGUCGCGCCGGGUGUGUGUGUGGGGCGGGCUUCGUCAGGGACUCAGACACGGGCACCUGCAUUAAGCAUAGCAACUGUCCUUGUCACCACGGAGGAAGGUCUUACUCGGAGGGGGAGAUCAUUGUCGAGGAUUGCAAUACCUGCGAAUGCGAAGGCGGCCAGUGGGUAUGUACAGACCAACAGUGCCCGGGCAUCUGUUCCGCAUGGGGAGAGUCACACUACAAAACCUUCGACGGCCGAAUGUAUGAGUUCCACGGCACCUGCGAUUACCUGCUUGCCAAGGGGAAGUCUCAGAGGAGUGACAGCUUCGAAGUCACGGUUCAGAAUGUUCCCUGCGGUACAAAUGGCGUGACGUGCGCCAAGUCCGUCACCCUGAGAGUGGGCUCUGGCAACGCGCAAGAGACUGUGGAAUUCUCUCGCAAUAAACCUACGCCGACCAAGAACUUGACCCGCACCAUCAUCCGGGAAGCUGGCGUGUUCGUCUUCGCUGAGGUAGCUGAUAUAGGCCUAGUUUUGCAGUGGGAUCGUGGCACCCGAGCCUACCUGCGCCUCGACCCGUCGUGGAAGGGCAAGGUUCGUGGUCUCUGCGGAAACUACAAUGACGACGAACAGGACGAUUUCAAAACACCUUCGGGAGGUUCCAGCGAGGUCUCGGUUCGGAUAUUCGGAGACUCGUGGCGACUUCAGAACUACUGUCCGGAUAGCGUCCUCAUCAAGGAUACGUGCAGCCUCCACCCGCACCGGAAAGUGUGGGCGUCCGAGCAGUGCGCCGUUCUCAAGUCCGAGACCUUCACGCCCUGCCACUCAGAGGUGCCCGUCGAGCCGUAUCUGGAAAGGUGCCAGUUCGACGCCUGCGGUUGUGACACGGGCGGCGACUGUCACUGCCUCUGCACCGCCGUGGCCGCCUACGCCCACGAGUGUAACGUCCAUGGCGUGUACAUUGCGUGGAGGACGCCCGAUUUCUGCCCCAUGCAGUGUGACGUCGACUGCGAGCACUACGAAUCGUGCAUCCCGACCUGCCCGCACGAGACCUGCGACACGCUCAUGGACCCGGCGUCGCCUCUGUGUGUCCAGGAUGCGUGCGUCGAGGGAUGUGCUAAGGACGUGUGCCCCCCCGGCUACGUGUACAAGAGUGCCAGUGACGUCGAGUGCGUGCCUAAGGCCGACUGCGAGAAGAAGUGCCUCGAGAUUGACGGCGAAGUCUACAUGGAGAGUGACGUCAUUUCCGAGGACGACUGCCAUACCUGCGUGUGCACGAGGAAGACGAAGGUCUGUCGCGGCACGCCCUGCGCCCCCACCACCACGCCCCUGGUCUCCCCGCGAGUCACCACGCCCUCGCCGUCUCCCGAAGUGACGACGCCCUUCCCUCCUGGCGUCACUCCCGAAGAAGGCGAGUGCAGGGACGGCUGGAGCGAGUGGAUGAGCGAGGACAAGCCGAUCUUCUUCCGCAAGAAUUCCGACGCGGAGAUGAUUCCCGCCAAAAUCAAGCAGGGCAAGCCAGGUCAAGGUUUCUGCGAGCGAAGCCAAGUGACGGACAUCCGGUGCAGGAGCGUAGGAACGCACCGCCCCCACACGGAGCAGAGAGGCGUCAGGUGUUCCGUGGACGAGGGCCUCCUCUGCCGCGGCCGAGACGACGCCCAGGCAGACGAAGCUUGCUGGAACUACGAAAUUGCUGUCCUUUGCGAUUGUAGCAUCACCACCACAGCCGCCCCUCCUGUUACUACGCCCGCGUCCCCUGUCACGCCGCCCAUCAUUUCUACCCCCGUUGUACCCCCUGUGACUGCCCCGACCCCCAUGACCUGCGAGGAGGAAGGCUGGUCGAGUUGGUAUAAUAUUCAUUUCCCGGAUGCCAGCGGGGAGUUCGAGUCCGUGGACGAAAUCAGGAAGAUCAAUGGCAUCUGUCCCGACCACUAUAUCUCCGAAGUUGAGUGUCAACCUGUAGGAGGCGGUGACGUGGAGGCAGUGGUGACGUGUGACAACAAGGGCGCGCGAUGCCGGAAUAGUGGUGGAAAGCGCUAUUGCAAGGACUACGAGAUCCGAGUGCGGUGCGAGUGCGAGUGCCAGGACGGACUGGGCAUGCAAGAUUGGCGAAUCCCCAAUGACCGCAUAACCGCCUCCUCCGUUCUGGAUCCCGACGGCAAUCCCCAAUCAGCUCGUCUCUUUGCGGACUGGGCUUGGACUGCUCAGGACGUGAGUCCGAAUGACCAGGAGGCCAUCCAGAAGGAGUGGUUGCAGGUGGACCUCGGCGAAGUGAAGGAAGUGACCGGGGUCGUGACGCAGGGACACCCGCUCUUCAACUUCUUCGUGGAGAGAUUCGCCGUCCAGUUCUCCGAGACGGGACUCAAGUGGGACAGCGUCAAGAGCCCGGAGACCUCUUAUGCAAUGCAAUUCACGGGCAACACCGACCAGGACACGCCGGUCACCAAUCUGUUCCCUGAGCCCGUGUACGCCCGUUAUAUCCGGGUGGUCCCUCUGCAGUUCUACCAGGCCAUUUCUCUCAGGCUGGAACUCAAGGGCUGUGACGUCAGAGAAACAACGACUAUUCCAACUUGGCCUCCCGUGCCCGAAACAACGCCUGUACCCGUGUGCACAGACGGAUGGACGGAAUGGAUGAAUACCCACACACCAAGCCCUGGAGAUUGGGAUGACCUUGAUGACCUGACCUCCUUAUCGGCCAAGUACAGCUUCUGCCAGGCCCAGUACAUCGUCGAUACCCAGUGCCGCGUGGUAGGCCUAAAUCAGCCGCAUGAUCUAGCCGGGCAGAAGGGCAUCAUUUGCAACAUCAACAAUGGUCUUCAGUGCAAUGACGACUUGCAGGCUCCUGAACACUGCUACGACUACGAGGUCCGCUUCUUCUGCGACUGCAGCCCAGGGACGACGACGACGACGACGGAGGAGGGCUUCCCGCCGCCCUUCCCGCCCACGACGACCCCCCCGCCCGUCGCCACGCCCCCGCCCAGGAAGGAGUGCAGCAUGUGGGACGAGCAGAUCACGCCCCACGAGACCGACUGCAGGAAAUUUUACGAGUGCGCCCGGACGAGGACGGGAGGGACGGAGUACGUGGAGAAGGAGUGCGGCAUAGGAACCUUCUUCCAUCCCAGGCUCAAAGUGUGCGACUUCGAGGGCAACGUCGCCCUUGAGAAACCCGAGUGCAAGCCCUUACCCCCGAAGAUCUCCGAGCCCUCCAGCACCACCCAGGAGGCGACGAAGCCCGAAACCUGCACCGAGGACUUCUGGACGGAGUGGUUCAACGUCUCGCACCCCGACACGGACAACGGCGACAUGGAGACCUUCGAGAAGAUCCGCGAGGAGGGCUUCGGCAUCUGCGAGGACAUGUACAUCAUGGACAUCGAGUGCCAGUACAGCAAGGUGACCGAGGUGGCCGGCGACAGUUCGAAGGGCGGAUUCAAGGGCGGGAGGAAGGGCGGAAGGAAGGGCGGACGGCGAGGCCCCCCGGAGCGCAUCGUGACCCCGAGCGACUACACCACCAGCAGGGACGUGAGGGUCACCUGUUCUCGCGAGUUCGGCCUCACCUGCUUCAACUCCCACCAGCGCUUCAGGUCCAAGUGCGAGGACUACGCCAUCAGGGUCCUGUGCUCGUGCGAGGCCACGAGACCGACGCAACCGGCCAAGGAAGUCACCACAGCUUACACCGAUGUCAGAGAAUCCACGGUCGUCACGACACCGGCGACGUCUGUGUACCAAUGUCCCAUCGGUACACGCUACGAGCCGAACGCUAUCCGGUGCGAUCGAGUGUGUCUGAACUACCUGUACGUGUUGAAGCAGGCCGGAGAGUGCCAGGGAAAUGGAGACUUCGCCCCAGCCUGUGUGAACAUCACCUCCCCCGUAGCAUGUCCUGGAAACCAGUACCUGAGAGAUAAGUCGACGUGUGUUGACAUCCGGGACUGUAACUGUCGACUUCCCAACGACAUGGUGGCGCCGCCUGGUCGAGUUUUCAGAGUGAACGAGUGUGAAGUAUGUCAGUGUAGCAAUAAUUACCUGAUGUGCGAUUCGUCUCUGUGCCUCACCGCCCUCCCUUGGAUCAGGGAGACGGAGAAGCCAGUCAUUAAAUGCAACGAGUGGACAUCGUGGCUCAGUUCCUCCAACGCCAGCGACGGGAACGACGUCGAACUUCUGUCUGACCUGAGGAAGACGCACCCGACUUUGUGUUACUAUGCACAGCAGAUCGAGUGUCGCGUGAAGGGAUCUAAUGCAUCGGCACUGACAGCUGGCCAGAAUAUAGAAUGCAAUCCCUCCAAAGGUCUGAUCUGUAAGAAGGAUCAGAAUCCACGAGGCUGUCUGGACUAUGAAGUGAGAUUCGUGUGUGACUGUUCAGAGUUCACCGAUUUAGACGCGGGUGAACUCACGGAAACGACAACGAUUCCCACCACGACGUACACAUCCUUCCAUUUCACCAACGUCACUACUACGUUGAUACCCUACAUGGACCAAUGUGUUGACGACAAGAAAUACGUCAAGUGUGCCUUGCCGUGUGACAGGGUGUGCAUGUACUAUAAACAGAUCUUGAGACAAAAUGGAUUCUGCGAACUUGACGGUGACUGUGCCCCAGGAUGUCUCGAGGAGGAACAGGCCAUGAUGUGCCCCCCAGGGUUCUACAUGCUCGAUACCAACAAAUGUGUUGCUGUGGCCGAUUGUAGCUGUCGCUUGGCCAACGGGAUGGCUUUGCCGGCUGGUGAAUGGUACAGCGUCUCUCCGUGUGAACGCUGCAUGUGUCAAAACAACAACUUGCUGUGUGAUCGCAGUCCAUCCUGCGUUGAAGUCACGACCGUGGAGCCAACCAUUUCCACGGUGAAGGUCGUCACUAUUGAAGUCACGCCCAAUGAGAUAAAGCGAGCGAGCAAGGGAGAAAAAUACAGAAAUCCACACAGCAGAGUGAAUGAAACCUUCCACCUCCCCUUCAGGUACAUCCACCUACUGAAGAAUGUGGAUGACAGUGCCUUCUCCUCCACCCGCGCCCGUAACUCCUUUUUCGGUCCAGCUAACGCCCGCCUCUAUAACGACGACGGUUCCCUUAACACCAAGAGUUGGAGUCCGAACAUCAACGACCAGAACCAGUACGUGCAAAUCGACCUGGGUUCAGUGCAACCUCUCUACGGGCUGGAGAUGGGCGGAAACCCCACCACGAGGGAGAGGGUCACCGCCUUCCGAGUGCAAGUUUCCGAUGAUGGCUCCACCUGGAGUUAUGUGACCUCUGACCCCGAUGACCCCAAGAGUACACCCAAGGGAGACGAGAUGUGCCCCAAGUACGAGUGCAUUCCGCCGUCGACCACCAUGGCACCCCCUGAAUGCCCGCCCCUUCUGUGCCCCGACGGGUAUGAAGUCCAGACCUCAGAGGACAUCAUCCCAGAGAUGCCCUUCGGAGAGUGCCCGGAGUACCAGUGUGUGACCCCCAUGCCCCCUACCGCCCCCUGCCCACCGCCCACGUGCCCUCAGGGAUAUGACAUUUUCUUCGCCGAUCCGACAGCGUUGUUGGAGCUCUGUCCGUCGUACGACUGCAUGCCGAUCAUCACAACCACCAUGUGUCCGCCGGUCGAGUGCGGAGAAGGCCUGCGCACCAUGUACAUCCACACGGCAGAGGGAUCCGCAUGUCCGCAGUACACGUGUGUCCAGGUCACUACGCCCGUGGCCAUCACGACGGAGCCCCCUGUUACGUGUCCGCCGAUGGAGUUCCCGAUUUGCAAGGCAGAUGAAGAGCUUUACCAGGUUAACCCUAAUGAAAUGUGUCCACGCUUUGGCUGCAAGCCCUUCGGAAUGACGCCCACGCCCAUCCCCGAGGCGCCGAGGAACAUCACGCCCAUUUGCAACGUCGAUGGGCGGACGUUCGAUUCCUUUGACGACUCGCACUACCAGAUCGAGCCCUGCAACCACAUCUUGGCCGAGGAUAAGAUAAACAAGAACUGGGUGAUUUCAAUGCACCGCAACUGUUCCUUCAGUGAUAGCUGUGAUCGCUUCCUCAAGAUAACGCAGAAUGACCAGCAACUCAUUCUCAAGCCUGACCUUCUCAUUGUGUGGGACGAAAACUCUUACACCUGUCUCACAGGUAAGGCCCAGAGAAUCGGCUCCUCCCAGAACACCUUCACUGUGUCUCGUGUGGGCGACUCCAUCCGCUUCUACUCGACUGUUUACAAGUUCAACGUCGAAUGGAAUACUGAAAUGAACGUCAGGAUUGAGCUGGACUCGGAGCUCUUGAACCAGGUGGAUGGUUUGUGCGGCUUCUACACUGGCUACGGCCACGACGACAAAACGAAACCCGACGGCAAGCUCGCACCGACCAUGAAGGACUAUGGCCAGUCGUGGGCUCUGGACGACCACCCCUGCGAGGAGAAGCCCAAGUGCAGCGUCGCGCAGUCCGCCGGUUCCUUCAGGCUGUGUGAGGCCAUUCGAAACGACCCCUUCACCAAGUGCCAUUCGUCAGUGGAUCCUUCCGUCUUCAUGAAGGGCUGCGUGGCCAGCACCUGCGACUGCCUGAGGGAGGGCAAGGGCGAGGAGGAGUGCCGGUGCCAGGCCCUCACCCACUACGUGACCCGUUGCCUCGAGGCGGACUCCACUAUCAAACUGGACGACUGGCGCAUCGUCUCUAAGUGCUACAAGGAGUGCGGACCGGGCGAGAGGUACCAGGACUGCUUCCGCGCAACCUGCGAGAAGUCCUGCGAGAACCUGCACGACGACUCCGCUUGCUUGGAGCGCGAGGGGUCGUGCGUGCCCGGCUGCUUCUGCUCGCCCGGCCUCGUCCGCAAGGGAGAACGCUGCGUGAACCCCGAGAAGUGCGGAGACUGCGUGUGCGAAGGCUACGGCGACCCGCACUACCAGACCUUCGAUCGCCAGAACUACACCUUUAACGGCGAGUGUUCGUACGUGGCCGCGCGGGACAAGAACGUCCGCGGCCAGCAUGCUUUCCAGGUGAUCACCCGAAACAAGCAAUGCACAGUGCAGCCUGUGACCGUGUGCACCGACGCCGUCACUGUGCUCUACAAGGACCACACAGUUUUCAUAGAAGCCUUGGGAGAGGACGCCGUCAGUGUGACAGUGGACGGCGAAAACAUCCCUGCUUUCCCCUACCGAGAUUCCUGGCUUGCUCUGGAACAGCCCGAUCCCAAGCAGGUCAUGGCAGCCAUCUCGGAGAUUCAGCUGGAGGUCAACUUCUUCUUGGAGAAUUACGGCUUUUCGGUCAAGGUUCCGUCGAGACUCUACUUCAAUAAGACUGAGGGACUCUGCGGUAAUUGCAACUUCAAGAACGACGACGACUUCGUAGCGCAAGGGACGGGUCUGGUCGAGUCUUCAGACGUCUUCGGGAGAAGUUGGUUGCUCGAAGGCGAACCUUCGACCUGCGGCGUCCUGGAGAAGGACACAACCAGCUGUAUCCCUCUGCCUCCCGACGAGGACCCGUGUCUUCGCAUCAUGGACGAAAAUCUAUUCGGAAAGUGCCAUCCUGUAGAAGACCCAGUACCUUAUGUCUCGUCCUGUAUCAUGGAUGCCUGCGGAAGCCGAGAGCCUGAAGUGGCAGCGUGUCACAGUCUGGAGGCCUAUGCUAGGCGCUGCGCCGAGCUGGACAUCUGCCUCAACUGGCGCUCGGAUAACCUGUGCCCGAAGACGUGCCCAGACACCCUCGAGUUCAGACCAUGUGGGCCUGGCUGCGUUCGAACGUGUGAGAAUUACGAAGAACUGAACGCAAAUCAAGACGCGUGUCCGAUUUCUCCCGUGGAUGGCUGCUUCUGUCCGGAUGGCAUGGUUUUGGAUAACGGCGCCUGCAUUAACGAGACCUUCUGCACCACCUGUGACAACGAAGGGCAUCGCAUCGGGGACUCGUGGAAGACAGAUCCUUGCACCACCUGCGAGUGUACGAUGAGAGGUAGUGUGUGCAGUACGAAGGCUUGUCCGGACGACCCCAUUUGCGACGAGGGCUAUGAAGUCGUUGAGGUACCCGGCACCGGUGACGACUGCUGCGGCCCCAGGAAGAAGUGCAAGGUCGUCCAGAAGAUUGACUGCCCGGACCUCGUGAAGCCCAAGGAGGAGUGCGGAUACGGCCAGAAGCACAAGCUGAUCGAGGCCCCUGGCGUGUGUCCUCAGUACGCCUGCGUGUGCGUGGAGCCCAAAGACUGCCCUGAUGUCGAGCUGCCCAAAGACAGCGACCUCAAGCCAGGUGAGGAAUGGAUUUUGGAAGACAGUGGGUGUUGCCCGAGAUACAAGGCCGAAUGCACGGACCUCUGCCCGGAGAUAGAGUGCCCCGAGUUCUACGAGCCUGUCGAAAGGCCUCUGCAGUCAGGCCAGUGCUGCCCCGAGGUGGAGUGCGAGCCACCGACCGACGCUUGCAUCUACGAGAACAUUUACAUCGUCGACGCCACUGGCUUCCAAAAGAGCGUGGCACAGCCGACCGCCACUAAGAAGGGAGGCAGACCUCAGCUGCCUGAGCCAGAGAAGAAACUGUACAAGGUUGGAGAGAGCUGGGAAGACGGUCUGUGUCUCAAGUGCCAGUGUACGCUGGACAGCACCAACAAACCCCGCCACACUUGCACAGAGCAGACUUGUCCCACGAUGGACACACACCCCGAUCGCGGCCAAUUCCAACUGGACAGCCUGCAAGUACCCGGCCAGUGUUGUCCCGACAUCGUGCGAACAGCGUGCAUCGACGACUAUGAGGUUGUCGCUAUCGGAGACCGGCUGGACGAUCCAUUCAAUGGCUGUCGUAGCGUGGAGUGCGUGAGGAACCCCGAAGGCAAAGUGGAUAAAGUGGAGCAGAUCCACACCUGCGACGAGAACUGUCCACUUGGCUGGGAAUACGAGCCGUCGCCUCUGUACCCGCAAGUGUGCUGUGGCGACUGUGUGCAGGUGGCGUGUGUCGUGGACGGCGCGGUGAAGAACGUAGGAGAGACUUGGGUGUCUGAUGACUUCUGCACUACCUUCACCUGCUCCAAAGACAGCGGCAGUCAGAUCCAGAUCCAGGCGGUGGAGGUGCAGUGUCAGGAGCCGAGUGCGAAGGACCGCGAGAAUUAUGUGUACGAGGAGAAGCGCUUGCCCGACCAGUGCUGUGCCCUCUACACGCGCACCGCCUGCCUCUUGGAUGGCGUGCCCGUCCAGGCCGGCGAGAGUGUCCAGGACCCGUUGGACAGCUGCCUGACCGUGACCUGUGAUCUGGCCAGCGACGGCAACGUGACCCGGCGAGAGAAGGAGACCACGUGCGACAGCGAAUGCGCCUUCGGUCAGACCUUCAUCGAGCCGAUUGAGGGAAGCAACGACUGCUGUGGCAAGUGUCUGGUCACGCACUGUGUGGACGACGGCAUCGCCCACCCGAUCGGCGAGCGGUGGGAGAGCGAGAGCGACGUCUGCUACGAGUACAGCUGCGAGACCAGGGACGACGUCCUCACUACCGUGGCUAUCAAGAAGGACUGUCCUUACUUCGACCCCGAGUGCCCUCCCAACGAGAUCUAUAUGGACGAGAAAGGGUGCUGUCAGCUGUGCAACGUGACGCGGCCGGUCAAGAGCGAUUGCAAGCCGAACCCAAUGCCCCUGGCCGAGACGGUGGGUAUCUUCACGCUGGCGGCCCGGAGUGUGGGCACGUGCAAGAACCCCGACCCCGUACCCGGUUUCAACACAUGUUCCGGACACUGUGAUUCGUUCACUUCAUUUGUUGCAGGUCGCAGAGCAGGACACAUCUCGACCUGCUACUGCUGCAAGCCCGCCCGCCUCGAGAAGAUCCGAGUGGACAUGCGCUGCGACACCGGCUACGCCUUCGCCCGCGUCUACGACAACAUCGUGGAGUGCGAGUGUCUUCGCUGCGACGACAACACUCCGGACUACGUGGGCGACGAACCGAUCCUGGACGACGCGGAAUUCUUUGCCAUCACGGCGGAACCCAUUGAUGUCUAAGGCCCCACUGUCCCUCUGACUUCUCCCUUUCUUUCUUUUCUCCUUCUACUUUGCUCUUUUGCAGUUGUCCCUUUUCUUUCUUUCUCCUUUCUUUCUCACUUCAUCUCCUUCUGUCCAUUCCUUUUGCUCUUCUCCUGUCUUUCUCCUUCUUCCUCCCUCUCUUCUCCCUUUCUCAUUCUCACUUCGCCUCCUUCAUCUGUCCUUUCCUUUCUCCCUUCUCCCAACUUUUUAUUUUCUUACUCCUUCUUCCUGUCUCAUUUUAUUCCUUUCACCUUCUCACUUCACCUCAUCCACCUGCUCUUCCCCUUCCCCCUACUCCCAUCUUUAUCCUUCCUUUCUCCUUCUCACUUCUCGACUCCCCACGCGAUCACACUGACUUGCUCCCGCCUUGCCUCGCGCUGCCCUGAGAUCUCUUGGCCGACACUUCAAAACAUUCGCUCAAUCCCGGCGAGGAUAUUGUAUAAAUAUUAAAAAAUAUAUAUAAUUUAAAGAGAAUAGUGUAAUGUAAAGAGAUUCCCGGCCAGAUUAUUGGCGACAGCAAAGAGGAAAAGGCCACAACCUCUUAAUAGAUAUGCCAGCAGACCCCCCCAGAUGCCGACCGAUCGAUCACGACGAUAGCGAACAUUUUGUAAAUAUUUACAUUUAUAAUCACGUUUUGCAAGAAUCAAAAAAAAUAUACAAAAAAAUGCUUGAGCAGUGAAAAAAGUACAAAAAAUAUUCCAGCACUGAUAAAGUGUUAUAACCCUAUCAAUAAAAGGAACUCUUA